AUGGCUGCCAAUACCACUGAUGAUGAUCCUACAAGUGCUUUCCUCUCCGGAGAUUUGAAUGAAUUAUCCCUCGAACAACUUCAACAACAAUUUGAAACCAUCCAACAAGAAUCUCUCUCUUCAUCUUCAUCUUACAAACUCAAUGAUCAUAAUAUUAUUGAAUUAAUUCAAUAUAUUAAAAAAAAUGAUCAAGCCUUUGCAGAUCAAUUAUGUUUCACUACUGAUGGCAAAGAAUAUAUUACCAAAGAUCAAAUUGAAUAUGAAUUACAAAUACUAUUAGAAAAGUAUGGAGGUAGAAUCAACAAGAAUGAAUUACCUAAACUAUUGAGAGUUGAUUUUACUUACUUGGAAUCACCCAUUCUAAAUUUAAUUAACAAACAAUUGAUAUUACCUGAUUUGAUCAAUGGAUGCGAAAUUCUAACUUCGUCCUAUCUCGAAUCCGUUGUCAUGGAAAUCAAUGAAUUACUCGUCUUGUAUGGAUACAUUUACAUUGGAACAUUGACGAAACAAUUGUUUUUACCUUCUGAUUUUAUUAAGGAACAUAUUAUCACCAAAUACAAACAUUUAUUGUUAAAUGGUACUAUAUUUAGUAAUAACUCACUGUACACUGAAAAGUAUAUCAAUAAUCUUAAAUCUAUUACCAUUGGUAUAUGUAAUGGUAUUAUUAGUAGAUCGAUUGACUGUAAUGAAUUACUCAAAAUUACAAAACAAUUCUAUAUCAUGAUGAAUGAUUCUUCCAUGAUCAUGACCAAUGAAUCUUCAAACGAUACUCAAUUCAAUGUUGAAAUUGAAUUAGAAUUAUUUCAAACAAUCAUCAAAGAUUUAAUUAAGAACAAACAAUUGAAUGGCACUCUUCAAGUCAAUUCCACUUUGUACGUUCCAAAUGUUUAUGAAAAGAAUGCAACAGAUCAAAUUUGUCAAUUCAUUGACAAUAAUGGAUAUAUUUCUAUUGAAAGAGUUGAACAAUUGAUUGGUUAUAAGGCUUUUAAGAGUACUCAACAAAUGAUCAAUUAUUUAAAUGCCUAUAGAGAUUCUCUUACAACGCCAUUGACUACUACUACUACUGGUACGGGUAGUACUGGUACGAAUAGUAUUGCUAGUACCACUACUACUGCUAAUGAAAUGAUCAUUCAUAUGAAAUUAAUUGAAUCUCUUCGUUCUAUUUUUGAUUCAACUCUCAAUGGUAACAAUGACAAACAUAAAUCCAUUCCUCUGCACAUUGAAAACAAUGGUGGUGAUCAUUGUGUGUUGAUGGAUACUAGUUGUGAUAUGAAACAACUCAUUGACAAGUACAUUGUAUUGAAUAAGAAUAUUAAGAGUAUUAUUGUAUUUGAUAAUAGAUAUGUCAUGAGUUUGGAUAUGAUUGAUCAACUAUUGAAUGAUCAAUUCAAACCACUUGCACUCGAACAAGUAUCUAUUUAUUUAAAGACAAUGAGUUCCGAGACAACAUCAUCUCCUAAUAGUUCUUCUACUAGUUCUUCUACACAACCACAGCCAUCAUCCAAAAAGUCAAAGCAAAAGAAAUCAAACAAGACUUCAUCGAGCUCUACUGAACAGAAUGGAAUCAAAAAGAUUCUUCCUAAAAAGGAUGAAAUGUUCAAUUUAAUUGAAAAACAAUUAUUAAUUUAUUUAGACAAUGAUAAGGACAAUGAGAACAUGUUAAACAAAUUUGGUGGUCAAGACGACUCUAUUAUUGAUGAAUUGAUUCAAUACUUGGCUCCUAAAAUUGAAAAGAUAUAUUUAGAAACUAGAGAUUAUCUCAUUAAUCAACAAACUAUUCAAUUAGAACAAAAACUGAGUAGUGAAUUGAACGUUGAAGACAAAUUGAAUGAUCUAUAUACUCAAGUGGUCAUUCAUAACAAAUCUAUGGAUAUUCUACAUCGAUUGCGUAAAGAACAUUUAGAGAAGGAAUUGAUUACGCCUAUUGAGAAGCAUAUCAUCAAAACCAAAUGCACCAUUAUGAAUUUACAAUUCAUUAAGGAAUAUAACACCUUGUUGUGUAUGGCAAGCGAAGAACAACAAGCUCAAUUUGUUGAAUUGAAUAGAGAAAUUAAGUUAUUAAUGAAACAAUUGAAUCAAAAGGUUGAACUUGAUAAGACUAGAGAGGAAGAGGUAAAAGAGAUGAAUACUUUGGUUGAAAGUCUAAAUUCAAACUCGACAACACUUCAAUCGUUUAUUACACAAUUUGAAACCACUGCUAAACAAUUUAGUAUUUUCAUCAAGAUCUUGGACAAGAAACGAGAAAAAACCUAUCUUAAGGAAAAGAGACAAGAACUAAAGCUCAACCACACAGAGCAUUUGGCCAAGUUGACCGAUGAUACCUUACAGAGUGGUGCUGUGAUUUUUGGUACUCGCUUAAUUUCCAUUUGCCAAUAUUUGUUAAUGUUGAAUGACAAGGCCAUUUACUUGUUUGUACCGGGCAAGUUGGUGAACCCACUCUUGAAAUACUAUCUCGAGGAUGUUCAAGUCGUUGACGAAUAUUGCAAGGGCCAAAUUGGUGAGGCCUUUAAAACUACUAUUAUUCCUACCCUUAAUAAGUGUCAGCAAAUGGUAGUCGAGUAUUUGGUUCAAAAUAAGAAGAAGAAACAAACAACAGAAAGCGAACAACAGGACGAAGAAAACCAUAGCCCAUCCUCCUCGAGCAUUUCCAAGGAGAAAGAGCUUGUAGAGUUGUUUACAAGCAUCGAAAAGAUUAUCUUUUCUUCUGUGUCAUCUUCUGAGUAA